AAUUAUUUGAGAAUUGUGUUGACAACUGAGAUAUGAGUGAAUACAUGAAUAUCACAUGAAUUGUUGUGUUAAUUGAGACGCGAAGACAUGACAUGAUAUGAUCAAUGGAUGACCGACUCAAUGGAUGAGUGAUUAAACUAAAGUGCAAUCAAUAGUCAGAUCCCCAGAAAAGGCAAUGUUGACAUCAUUUUCGGUGACUUCUGCGAGUCGUCUCUUAAUUGCUGUUGUCAUUGUAUGGCUUUUGAUAAUAUUUGUGAUAACGGGUCCACUGAUCGGAUGGUCACACAGUCGUGAGGAUGGUAUGGCUAACGGCGACUCCAAUGGCAACGGAGAGAUGAUUUUGGCCCGACUUUCACGAGCCAUGAAUGAGUUGACGGCUCUUAAGGCUCAGAACGAAGAGCUCAGAAGUCUUCUCCAGAACUAUCUUCCCAUUGACUUGAGUCCCAUCGAGUCAUCAAUGAGUCAUUCCUCCACAUCUGACGCUAAGAAGUCACAAUUGCCGUCACAAGAGUACGAGUUAACCAGACGUCGCAUUGAGACCAAUGUCCAUGAAUUGUGGCAUUUCUUGAGAUCUAAGACCAAUUCAUCGAUAAUGCAAACCGUGAAUGAAAUGAAACAUAACUUGUUAUACGAUUUGGGAAUCAUCGAAAAUCGAGAUAAACAUUGGCGUGAAUCCGAACUCAAGAGCUUAAGUGAAUUAGUCCAGAAUAAGAUAAAGGAAUUGCAAAAUCCCUCGUCGUGUGGAUCCGCACAGAAGUUGGUUUGUCAGCUCAACAAAGGAUGUGGAUUCGGCUGUCAGAUCCACCACUUGGCUUACUGUAUGAUUUUUUCAAUGGCCACAAAGCGGACACUCAUAAUGAAUGCUCACAACUGGCGUUACGCUCACUCCAAGUCCAAGUCUUCUGAAGCCAAGGGCUGGAACUCCGUAUUCUUGCCGUUAAGUGAGACGUGUUUAGACGAAAGCGGUUCCACUCGUGUAUCUUGGAGUUCAGCCCCCGAUCUCGACUCAUAUCAGGUCAUUGAUCUGCCUAUUAUUGAUUCUCUGCGGUCGCGACCCAAUUAUCUGCCGCUUAGUAUACCCGAAGAGUUGUCAUCCUCUCUGAUCCAACUGCACGGCUCACCCAUUGUUUGGUUUAUCGGCCAAAUCGUCAGUUAUUUGAUGAGACCGUCGCCUGAAAUGACUGAUUAUAUUAAUCAACAAAAAGAUCGCUUCAAAUUCAAGACACCUAUAGUGGGCGUUCACGUGAGACGUACCGAUAAAAUCGGAACUGAAGCUGCUUUUCAUCCAUUGUCUGAAUACAUGAAAUUUGUGGCCGACUAUUACGACCGAUUGGAUCUGUUUAAUGAACGCAAACAAAAUAACAAAAAAGUCGAGCGUUUGGUAUAUUUGGCGACCGAUGACUCCUCGUUGUGGGCCAAAGAGGUCAAGGAGUUUGAGGAUAAGGGCUAUGUAUUCAUCGGUGAUUCCCAGAUAUCGCAAACUGCAAGUAUAGGGCGCCGGUAUUCAAUCGAUUCGUUGCGAAAUAUAAUAUUAGACGUUUGGCUCUUGAGUGAAUCAGAUUUCCUGGUUUGCACUUUCAGUUCACAGGUGUGUCGCCUCGCCUACGAACUCAUGCAAACCAGAACUCAUGGAAACUCACAGUUCGCCAAAACAGACAAAUCCAGUGCUUUCUACUCUUUGGAUGAUAUUUAUUACUUCGGCGGUCAGACUGAUCACAACCAGAUCGCUGUUCUGAGUCACACCCCACACAACAAACAAGAGAUUAAUCUUAAAAUUGGAGACAUAAUUGGAAUUGCUGGAAACCAUUGGAAUGGUUUUAGUAAAGGAUUGAAUCGAAAUACAAAAGAAAACGGUUUAUAUCCGGGCUUUAAGACCAUCGAGAAGAUAGAGAGCGCACACUUCAAACUCUUUGAACCCAAUUAACGACAAUUCGGUUUUGUUUUAUAUUAUUGUUAAUUCAUUUAAAUUAUAAUAAAAUCUAAUAAAUUAUGACUCAUUUGAUA